AUGGGCCGUGUGUCUAUCCACGUCCUUCUUGCGGGCUUCAUCGGGUAUGCCUUCGCUAGCAUCCAUCAUCCGGCGCAUGGCCAUGGCCAUCGCCAUCGCCACUUGAUGCCGCCUAUCGAACACUUGGAACCGCGAAAUAUGGUCUGGGAUCAUGUGAAUAACACCCCGGAUGAUGUUGUGGUGGAAUCUAUUACCCUCACAACCACGACUACCGUUUAUGGAAACUGCGCGCCAACCAGCACUAUCCACUCCACGCUUACACUUGUCAGACAUAGGCCUGAGCCUACGUCUUAUACGAAAGAUCAUCCCAUGCACGGCCUCGCGUACCCCGAGGCAUAUGAGGACCAUUGGCACCAACGUGAACUGCAGCCUGAGCUUAUUCUCCCUGUGCCGACAAACACAAUGCCCGCGCAACCUCAGUUCAAUCAGACCAAGCACCCAGCUCCCAGGCCAACGGAGGCAGAGGCCAUUACGACUAUGUUCAAGACACACACAAUCACCAAAACCGCAACAAAUACCGUAAAGGUCACUGUUUACCCAGGAGGCAGCCAUGUGCCACUUUCAAACAGACUCCCCGGGAAUCCCUCAUCAGCAGAAAAAGCUGCGGUGCUUGCAGACACGCUGCCAAAGGGCUCAUUAGAAGAACAGAAGGCCGUCCCAGCGAAACGUCCACCUCCGCCGCCUCCCCACUCAAACAACGGCGGACCCAUCAACGCCGUACUCAAUCUGCCCAGCGGAGUCCUCCCUGAUAUUCCAGUAGUCAACCAGAUCCUCCCAGGCCCAAAGCCAGACGGGCCCACCUCGGCGGACUGGACCGCAACACCAUCGAAAGGACAAUUCUCAACAAACAAAUUCGGAGGACGUACUCCGCCAAAAGGGAAAGGCACGGAGAUUCAGUAUCAGGGUAAUGUCGGCAAGCCUUGGGGAAGCAACAUCAUCACUGUCAGUCCGACCGAGGCAUCUAACUACAAAUACGUAGCGCAGUUCACGGGGUCAAACGAUGAGCCAUGGACAGUGAUUGUGUGGAACAAGAUCGGGCCUGACGGCAAGCUGACUGGGUGGUACGGUCACUCUGCUCUGACAUUCACUCUUGCGCCCGGUGAAACUCAAUAUGUUGCCUUUGACGAGGACUCUGAGGGGGCUUGGGGCGCUGCGCCUGGUGAUCACUUACCUACGGAUCAAUGGGGUGGAUACUCGUGCACGUGGGGCGAGUUUGGGUUUGGUGAUGGGGAGAAUAAGGGUUGGUCCGGAUGGGAUGUUUCGGCUAUUCAGGCGCAGAUUGCGAAUCAGCCUGUGCAGGGGAUGUCUAUCUGCCAGGCUGAUGGGAAGGGGUGCUCCAUUAUUACGCCUGACGCUAAGAAAGUGGUUGAUGCUUAUGUCAAGUCGAAGAAACACCUGGAUGGUAUUGGUGGUGCGGCGUCCCCUGGUCCAGUGCGGCUGAAAGUGGUGCUUGAUUAUCGGGGGUGA